CGAGCAGCGGCUUCCAUCCGCAGGAUCCGGGAUGGUGCCCUUGCGGGCUCUGUGGCUGGCCUGGGCUCUGCUAGGAGUGGCCGGAGCAUGCCCAGAGCCGUGCGCCUGCGUGGACAAGUACGCGCACCAGUUCGCCGACUGCGCCUACAAGGAGUUGCGCGAGGUGCCGGAAGGACUGCCGGCCAACGUGACCACGCUGAGUCUGUCGGCCAACAAGAUCACCGUGCUGCGGCGCGGGGCCUUCGCCGAUGUCACGCAAGUCACGUCGUUGUGGCUAGCGCACAAUGAGGUGCGCACGGUGGAGCCCGGCGCCCUGGCAGUGCUGAGCCAGCUCAAGAACCUCGACCUAAGCCACAACCUCAUAUCCAGCUUCCCGUGGAGCGACCUUCGUAACCUGAGUGCGCUGCAGCUGCUAAAAAUGAACCACAAUCGUUUGGGCUCACUGCCCCGGGAUGCGCUCGGUGCGCUGCCCGACCUGCGCUCCCUGCGCAUCAACAACAACCGGCUGCGUACCCUGGCUCCUGGCACCUUCGACGCGUUAAGCGCACUGUCCCAUCUGCAACUCUAUCACAACCCCUUCCACUGCGGUUGCAGCCUUGUGUGGCUGCAGGCCUGGGCCGCAAGCACCAGGGUCUCCUUACCAGAGCCCGACUCCAUUGCGUGUGCCUCGCCUCCCGCGCUGCAGGGGGUGCCGGUGCACCGCCUUCCCGCCCUGUCCUGUGUACCACCCAGCGUGCGUCUGAGUGCUGAGCCCCCGCCCGAGGCACCGGGCAGCCCCUUGCCCGCCGGCCUGGCGCUCAUGCUAAACUGCGUAGCUGAAGGACACCCCACACCCCGCCUGCAAUGGCAACUUCAGAUCCCGGGUGGCACCAUAGUCUUAGAGCCUCCCGUCCUGAGCGGGGAAGACAACGCAGAUGGGACCGAUGACGGGGAGGAGGAAGGAGAUGGGGAUGGGCCCACGCAGACAGAGGCCCCAACCCCGACUCCAGCACCCGCUUGGCCCGCGCCCCCAGCCAACCCACGUUUCCUGGCCCUCACAAACGGUUCCCUGUUGGUGCCCCUCCUGAGUGCCAAGGAAGCAGGCAUCUACACCUGCCGAGCCCACAAUGAGCUGGGGGCCAACUCCACCUCACUACGCGUGGCAGUGGCGGCUGCCGGGCCCCCAAAGCACGCUCCUGGUGCCGGGGGAGACUCUGAAGGGCAGGCCCCUACUUCUGAACGCAAGUCCACAGCUAAAGGCCGGGGCAACAGCGUUCUACCCUCCAAGCCCGAGGGCAAAAUCAAAGGCCAAGGCCUAGCCCGGGUUAGCAUCCUCGGGGAAACGGAGGCGGGGCCGGAGCAGGAGGAGGAGGAGGAGGAGGCAGGUGAGGGAGAGGAAGCAGAAGACCAGAUCUCUGCGGAUCCGGCGGAGGAGCAACGCUGUGGCCACGGGGACCCCUCGCGGUACGUGUCCAACCACGCAUUCAACCAGAGCGCAGAGCUCAAGCAGCACGUCUUUGAGCUGGGCGUCAUCGCACUGGACGUGGCGGAGCGCGAGGCUCGGGUGCAGCUGACGCCGCUGGCGGCGCGCUGGGGAUCUGGGCCCGGCGGGGCUGGGGCAGCCGGGCGGCCGGGGCGGCGGCCGCUGCGCCUGCUCUACUUGUGCCCAGCGGGGGGUGGCGCAGCAGUGCAGUGGUCGCGCGUGGAGGAGGGCGUCAACGCCUAUUGGUUCCGCGGCCUGCGGCCUGGUACUAACUACUCAGUGUGUUUGGCGCUAGCCGGGGAGGCUUGCCACGUGCAAGUGGUGUUUGCCACCAAGAAGGAAUUGCCCUCGCUGCUGGUUAUCGUGGCCGUGAGCGUAUUCCUCCUGGUGCUGGCCACCGUGCCCCUGCUGGGCGCCGCCUGCUGCCACCUUUUGGCCAAACACCCCGGUAAGCCCUAUCGUCUUAUACUGCGGCCACAGGCCCCUGACCCCAUGGAGAAACGCAUCGCCGCUGACUUCGACCCGCGUGCCUCCUACCUCGAGUCGGAGAAAAGCUACCAGGCAGGCGGCGAGGCAGACGUCGUGGAGCCAGCAGAGGCUCCCGGGGAGAGCCUCGAUGAAGACGCGGAGCAAGAGGACCCAGGUGGGGACCUGCAGAGGGAGGAGAGUCUGGCGGCCUGCUCUUUGGUGGAGUCCCAGUCCAAGGCCAACCAAGAGGAGUUCGAGGCGGGCUCUGAGUACAGUGAUCGGCUGCCCCUGGGCGCCGAGGCAGUCAACAUCGCCCAGGAAAUUAAUGGCAAUUACAGGCAGACGGCAGGCUGA